AUGGCCUCUUCUGCCGCCUCAGUUGACCAGAAUCAGCUGCAGAGAAUCAUCAGAGAUCUCUAUGAUGCCGUUUUUCAGCUAAGUCAAGCGCACAAAGAAUAUUUGGAGCCUGUGACUGAUGACAGCAUCAUCCUGCACAAAUUUUUCUACAAACUUGAGUACCUGCUACAGUUUGACCUGAAGGAGAAGACAACCUUUCUCGGCCAGAGAAAAGACUACUGGGAUUACUUCUGUGACUGCCUGAUUAAGAUCAAGGGUGCUAAUGAUGGCAUCCGUUUUGUAAAGUCCAUCCCCGAGUUAAAAACCUCAUUGGGUAAAGGAAGGGCCUUCAUUCGUUACUCGCUUGUUCACCAGCGCCUUGCUGACACGCUGCAGCAGUGUCUCAUCAAUCAAAAAGUCACAAGUGACUGGUAUUAUGCCCGGAGUCCCUUCCUUGACCCAACCCUUACCUCGGACAUUAUAAACCACCUGUAUGAGCUUAACCAGAUCCAAUUUGAUGUCGCAGCCCGAGGUUACGAUCUCGACAUCGAUUGGCCAGCCUUUGCCAGACGGACACUAGGGUGUGGCUCAUCAUCACUCUUGUGGAGACCGCCCAGUCGUUGCUCCAGUGUGAACAGCCUGGUACAGUUUCAGGAGGUACCAAUUCCAGAAUUGAGUCUUCUCGGACACCUUGCCCCUGGAGACUCAUCCAGUCGCGGCUCUGCAGAAAAUCUUCGCUUUGCGCUCGAUCAAUCUGAACUCAGGCAGCAAGAGCUUCUGAGACAGGUGGAUGAAUUGGGCAGAGAGGCGGCUGAGCUGAAAGAUGUUAUUAAGGAUCUUAAGGACCAGUUGCUAGCAGCUCAGAAGGCCAUCAGCUCGCCGUGCCAUUCGAAAGUCACGGCAAGCAUGGAUGUCCGUAACCACUAUCAAACGUGUUGGGAAGAAAAAAACUGUGACCUUCAAGACAGACUCACUGCUACUGAGAACAAAAACAUGGAGCUUCUCUCUAAACUGGAUGAGACUAUUAAUAAAAAGGGCAAACAAGCAACAAGCUUCUGCGACUCUGCCUGGAAGAUCCAUGAACUCCUGGAAAAACUUAAGUCAACAGAGGAGAAAAGGUUGGAAGCCAAGAUGGAAGCCGAGGACUGGGCCAGGAACUGUGAGCGUGUUUCUCAGGAGCUCAAACUUAGGGAAGAGGAGUUAAGGAACUGCACAGAAAAACUGGCCGAUGUCAAAUCCCGGGGCCAGGUUGAGCGUGAUGAAACCCUAAAGCGCUUAGAGGAGCUCCAGGGUGCAGUCGGUCGUAUUCAGGGUGCGUUGACAUUAAAAGAAAAGGAGAGCGGGAAUUUGCGAGCCCAGCUUCAGGGGCUGCAGUCUUCGUUGGAGUGCAGAGAACGUCAGGCGGAAGAACUUCGAAGGAGGCUUCAGGAAGAGCGCGACGAGAUUGAGCGCCGAUGUACCGAUAGGGAUAGCCAGAAUGAAACCCUGGAGGUUCAGUUGUUGGACUUGCGAAAAACCCUAAAAAGCAGAGACACCGAGCUUUCCAUCAGCUCUGAGAGAAUCAAGCAUUUGGAAGAACAUCUAGAAAAAUUGAAAGUAGAGAAACAUAGUCUCAUUUCUAAACUUGAUGAAAAUGAUGUGAAGGCCUGCGAGGGAACCGGAAACUUCAACAACUACAACUCUCAUUACUGUGAGCUUAAAGGGAUCAAUGCCACGCUACUGCAAGCAAUCAAGAAAAGCGAGGAGAGCAUCGCCGAGAUGACUCAGGGCAGAGAAGCCAUGUUAGUCCAACUCGCCACUCUUAAGGCUUCCGAGAAGCACUUGAAGGGAAGGGUGGAAGCUGCCGAUCUGUGCGUAAAAGACCGUGAGAAGAAGCUCCUUGACGAAAAUAAGCAUUUGGAGGAGCUUGUCCAGAAGAUUCUUCUUGAGAAGGAGCAAUUAGAAGCUCAAAAAAAGAGCACUGAGCAUGAAAACAAGGAACUCGUUGAGGGCCAGUCCUCAUUGAAAAAACAACUCGCAGAUGCCCAUGAAGAAUUGAACUUGCUCAAUGCCAAAGUUUCAAACUUGGACGAGAAUCUCACAGAGUCCCAAAGAAGCCACGCAGAACUGCUCGUAAAACUCCAGCAAACGGAGGUCAAGCUCAAAGAACAGAUGACUAAAUGUGGUCUUCUGCAAUCUCGAGCUGAGGAGCUGGAGAGCAGAACCUUGGAGCAACAUCAUGAAAAAGGAGCGGCAGAGAGCAAUGAAAAAAUGCCAAAACUUCAUGAAGAUCAUUUACCCACUGAGAGCAAAGAGGCACCGUUUAGGUUGGUGCUCGCUGAGGCUCAGCUAGAGCUCAACCUGAGGGAAGUUCACCGCCUCAGAGAGGAGGUAGUUGAGCUCAGGGCUCAGCUGCUUGCUGGGACGGAGGAAAAACUCAAAGCUCAGGCCUGUCAGGAGGUAACAGAGGCCUCCAGAGAGGACCUGCGAAUCUUGGCAGAACAGCUCAAGGGUCAAGUUGAGGAGCUCAACAGACGGCAUGUAGACGAAAUCCUGCGUUCUCGUGAGCGCGAGGAGGCGUUGACUCGUGAGCGAGACUGUGAGGCUCUGGCUCGUGCUGGCCUAGCUGCGGAGGUGACGGCUUGCAGGGAGGAGAUGCAUGCUCUCAAGCAACGCUAUGACGCCUUGUGCCAAGAGAACUGUGACUCCGGCGAAGCCCUACACCGGGCCAAUACUGAAACGGCGGAACUUGGCGUUCGCGUCUGUAUGCUGACAGCUGAAAAUGAAGAGGCUCGUCUGCGGUGGGAGAGCCUCUCUAAGAGGCAGAAAGCACUGGAGGAGGAGGCAGCGCAAGAGGCGUCUAGGCUGGACGCUUGCACAGAGCAGCUCCGCCGGGAGAAUCAGCAGCUCCUCAGCAAGCUCCGUCACCAGGACGACCUUUGGACAACAAUGCACAAGCUGCAGGAGGACCUGGCCAAGGCACAUGAAGAGGCGGAGACAUUGCAGGAGAGGAGCCGACAGGAGAUAGAGGCGCUCAAUUUGGAGCUUAGCAACCAGGCUAUCAGCCACAGCAGCCAAAUGCAGAGUGUCAACGAAGAAUUAAUGGAUGAGAGGUUACAGAUGAUGAGCGAGCAGGAGAAAGCAUUUGAGGUGGAGAGAAAGCUAAAGGGCUUGGAGGCUGACACGCAGAGAUACCGACAGCAACUCACUGAGAAAACCAUCCAGAUGGCCCAGUCGGAAAAUCUUCUUCAGCAAAAAGAGGACGAGCUAAUCCAUCUGAGAAAGAAUUUAUCAAGAUGCCAAGAGGAGUUGGAUAAGGCUCAGCGGGCGUGUCAGGAGCUGAGGGACACUCUGCGGAGGGUCACCCUGGACAAACAGAAUUUUGACCUGAGGACAGCUGCUGAACUUGACGAUCUCUACCGCACCAAGGUCAACCUGGAAGAAAGGCUGGUGGAGCUCAUCAGGGACAAAGACGUGCUGUGGCAGAAGACAGACGCGCUGGAAUUUGAGCAGAAGCUGCGCGAUGAGGAGACGGACCGCGACCUCAACUACUGCCUUAGCUGCCACACCCCAUUUGGCUGGUGGCUCCGCAAACACAACUGCAGAUUUUGUGGUCGCCCCUUUUGCCACUAUUGCCUGGGAAAUGCGACGAGCAACCAGCCGGGAGGCAUCAGAGAGCGUUGCUGCCGGGACUGCUCCAAACAGCAUGGCACGGAGGCUGAGCACCCCCCACAGGAGGAUACUUUCACCAGCAUGCCAAGCUCAGCACUGAGCCGUUUGCUGCAGCCUCUGAGAGCCGUGACAGGCGUUUUGGGUAAAUGUGAAGGCAACAAAUUGGAGGAUGGCGUGUUUGACAUCAUCACAGAGGAGGAAGUGAGCGGUGUCUCAGAGAGUGACUCGUUUGCCACGGCCUGCUCUUCUGGAUUUGGACAGCAGGAGGCAGCACAACUAAACAACAGCAGCACUAGUGCAGGAGACGUCUCAUCUGAAGACCCCGAGGAUCACCCUGGCACUGUGCAGGACGCUGAGAUCUGCCUGCUGAAAUCGGGCGAACUGACCUUGGCAGCCCACUUCAAGGUGGAUGAUAUCUCUAGCUUCGGGGACAGCUCUCGGGAGCUCUUCAUCAAGUCGAGCUGUUACAGCACUGUACCCAUCAGUGCGGGCUGGCCAGGCGCCACUGUCACAUGGACAUUCACCUCGGAACCCAAAGGCAUAUCCUUCAGCGUAGUUUUCCGGGAGAGUACGCAGACACCGCUGGAGCAGGCUAAGGUCUUGAUUCCGCUGACGCGCUGCAAUUCUCACAAGGAGACAAUAAGGGGUGAAAUGAAAGUCCGUAAAGCAGGAGAAUACGUACUUAUCUUUGAUAACUCCUUUUCGAGGUUCAUCUCCAAGCGAGUGAUGUAUCAUCUGGCUGUGGAUGUGGAUAACCUCCCAUGA